ACUCAUAGGCUACAUGAUGUUCUAGACAUGAAAUCAUUUUAAUUUAGGUUGAAUGAAUAUGUUACCAUUAAUCUCGAGACAAUUCUGACUUUCUUUACCAAGAUGUUUGAAAUAAUUUAGUCGUUGCAAUGGUUUGGUCGUACAACCUCAAAUAAACAACGGCAAGAAAAGCGACAUUUUCUGAUUUAUUCUUCAAAAUAGAUAAGUGACAAAAUGUCUUUAUAUAGUAUAUAUUCGUAUGCUGAAAUGGCUUCAUAGCCGUUUCCUAAAAUUGGUUUUAAAUUUUAAUCAUAAAAUUUUGAUGUGACGCACAGGAACAGUCGCAAUAACCACUCUUCUUGAAACUGUAUAACAUCAAUAGUAACAAGAAUUUCAUAUUUAAAUAGCGAGUUUGCUGAUCCAUUUUCAUUAUUUUCAGAGCUUUCAGCAUUUACGUUAUCCGGCUAAUUGUUAAAGCUAUGAUUAGUUUUGUCACAGUUCUAGCAGCCUUCCUCACGAACAGUACCGGUGCAAUUGGACUCGAGGAAGCAACUGAAGGAUGCAUAGAGUUUUGUAUGGCGAAAGAGACCUGCUAUGGAAACGUGUGCUAUACACAAUGUAAAACCAAAUGCAUAUUAAGUGCACGAGCAAUGAUCGAGAGAAUGGUUAGGGGUAAAGAUUGUAUGAAGCAUUGCACUGAGAUAAAUGAAUGUAAAACGGAAGAGUGUGUUGUUCAUUGUAAAGAAGACUGCAUGGCUGGACGUAACGAGAUGCCUGGCCGCAAUUCUGGUCGCAACCGGGAAAGAGAAGGGGAGAAAAGAGGUGGCAAAAAGAGGGGAGAUUGGAAUAAGAAUGAAACAACAGAGAAUCUGGAAAAACUGAUGAAAGGCAAAGUUUGUAUGCAGCGUUGCGUGACAGCAUAUGAAUGUAGAACGGAAGAGUGCGUGCUGCACUGUAACGAAGAGUGCAUGCCUGAUUUUAGCACUGUUAAACUGAGACAUGCAGCUUUGGAUAAAGGUCCGGACACAGCGGAGACAUGUGAACACAGUGGAGCUCCUCUGUCAAUGGAUUGUGGAGAGAAUGUGAUAAAUAUCAAGCAUGCAGCCUAUGGUGUUUACUCCAAUGAUAACACUUGCGGACUUUCUUACGAUGGACACUGCCUUUCUGAAUCUUCACUUGAGGUGAUGCAAGAGAGAUGCGAUGGAAAGUAUUCCUGUGCAACAAAUGCAACAAACAGUUUAUUUGGUGAUCCUUGCAUUGGAAUAGAAAAGUACUUGACUUCUACAUGGGAGUGCAUUAGUCCAGGUCACAGAUAGGAGGUGAAGAGAGAAGAAACAAUGGGGUCGAUAAAAGGAAGAAACUCGAAAGAUCGGAAGAUAGGCAAUAAAGUAUAGAAGCCUCUAUAUUGUUUGACAUUUCGACUUAAAACUGUAUAUUUAAUUCUGAACUAUAAU